CGCGGUCUGAGUUCGAGCGCGAUAUUCGAACAAGAUUCAGUGACAUACAGUGUUAGGAGAAAAGCACGAUUAUGGCUACUCCGCCUAAAAGAAUAUGCGCCAGUCCGGUUUUCGACAACAGCUUCGAGAAACGAUCAAAAAAAAUAUCCAUUGAAGGAAACAUUGGUAAGGGCUGCAAAUCUGUGUACGUGGGUCGUUCUUUUUCACAUGUUAUAUCUUGAAGCAGAUAAAGAUUAAUACCUUUUGGCGCCAAUAAUGAUGGCGCGUGUUUUUGUAGUUGCAAACCGUAGCUGUAGAAGAGUGGUCAGUUUCUCUGGAUUUUUUUUUUUUUUUUUCUUUGAACUAACUUUAUUUGACAAAGACCAUUAAAAUAACAUUUUUACACUUGCCUUUUAAAGAAAUUGGAUCGCCUAACUUAAUCUUGAUGGAUUUUUUCUUUUUUUUCUUUUUUUUUUUUCUUCUUCUUACGAAUAGGAAUAUCUGUCUCUCUCCUGCAAGGAGGGGACAUGCCAUUCGGACCUCUCAUUCAAUAAACACCUGUCAAAGCAGUUAAUUGAUUAUCAUUUAACACUAUCCACGUUUGACUUUUCCACUCAUUUUAAGCAAAUGCUGGAGUGACUCAAUCCGGAAAUGGCAACCAUAUCAAGGCUAUUCCUGGCUCUAUUCAGUUUUGUGGACUAGAUUGUGUGGAGACAUUAAAGCUAUAAAUGCUUGUGUACUACCCCUGCAACUUGGAUAGAGUCCUAUAUGGGACAUUUAAAGCAAUAUUCAAUGCAUGAUAAACAACUUUAGCUUAAAGGGAAACUCCAGUGCCAGGAAAACAAUGUUUUCCUGGCACUGCAGGUCCCCUCUCCCUCCCCGGUUGCUGAAGGGGUGAUUUACCAGAGGCAGCUGCAUGUCCCACGUUGCUGCUUCUUCCGCCUCUCCUCCUCUGUAUUAUGUUGGCCGGUGGGCGAUACUGAUCCCGCCCACCGGCCGGGGAUACCUACUAGACCGCCACUAGAGGUGCAGUUAACCCUGCAAUGUAAUUAUUGCAGUUUAUAAAAAAAACUGCAAUAAUUACACUUGCAGGGUUAAGAGUAGUGGGAGUUGGCACCCAAACCACUGGGCAGAAGUGGUCUGGGUGUCUGGAGUGUCCCUUUAAACGAACACUAUAGUGUUAGGAAUACAGUUUUAUAUUCCUCAUACUAUAAUGUCCCUCUGCACCCCCUGGUGGUAAAUAAGUGUUAACAUAACUUUUUCUUCUUCCACUUAUGGGAUUCCAGCACCUCUGUCUCUCUGCGCAGGAUCCAGUUCCUACUCCCUUGACAUCACAGCGAAAAACUGCAAUAAAAACUGCAAUAAUUACACUUGCAGGGUUAAGAGUAGUGGGAGUUGGCACCCAAACCAAUGGGCAGAAGUGGUCUGGGUGUCUGGAGUGUCCCUUUAAACGAACACUAUAGUGUUAGGAAUACAGUUUUAUAUUCCUCAUACUAUAAUGUCCCUCUGCACCCCCUGGUGGUAAAUAAGUGUUAACAUAACUUUUUCUUCUUCCACUUAUGGGAUUCCAGCACCUCUGUCUCUCUGCGCAGGAUCCAGUUCCUACUCCCUUGACAUCACAGCGAUUCGGGAACCGCAUGCAUGGGAAGUGCUACACAUGCAUUAGGCCUUCCAUGUAGGAAAUGCAUUGAAUCAAGCUUAAAGGGACUCUCCAGUGCCAGGAAAACAAACCCAUUUUCUUGGCACUGCAGGAUCCUGCAGUGCUCUCCAUCCCAUGUUGCUAAAGGGGUUAAAAAUCCUUCAGUGACUUACCUGAAUAUAGCGCCGAUAUCCCUCGGCGCUUGGUCAGGUUCUGCCCACACGCCUCCCCCGCCGACGUCAACAGCGCAUGCAUUAGACCUCCCCAUAGGAAAGCAUUAUUCAGUGCUUUCCUAUUGGGAUUCCGGCAAUGCUGAAGGUCCUCAUGCAUAGCGCGAGGACGUCCAACGUUGUUUAAAACACUUUUCUUGUUUUAAGAAGCCGGAUGUCCCUCUAGUGGUUGACUCAUAGACAGCCACUAGAGGAGGAUUUAACCCUGCAGGAAGGGGUUAAAUUCUUACCUUUCUCCAGCGCUGGGGACUCUCCCUCUCUGGCUGAAUGCGCAUGCGUGGCAAGAGCCGCGCGCGGAUUCAGUCAGUCCAUAGGAAAGCAUUCUCAAUGAGACUAGAGGCUGGAUUAACCCAUAGCAGUUACUCUGAAACUAUGUUUACAGCAGGCAGGGUUAAUCUUAGAUGGACCUGGCACCCAGACCACUUCAUUAAGCUGAAGUGGUCUGGGUGCCUAUAAUGGUCCUUUUAAGCUCCACAAAAGGCUGUAGUAUUUAUGGUGCAUUUGAAUGCUUUUAAUCAUCACCUGAUGUUCAUGCACAGUUUGAACUUUUGAAACUAGCUAAGACUUUGACAGUUGCGUAUGACAUUUGGUACUGUGGAAAGAGAAUUAAAAUUGUCCAACCAUUUGUGCAUAUUAAUGUAUGAAAACUGUUUAUUGCUUGGAGAAACUAUUCCAGUAGGACAUUGGCAUUAUUUUUGAGCAUGUGCAAAUCUAUUUUAUUUUCUUCACUAGCUGCAGGCAAAUCAACAUAACAUUUGCAGUCUAUAAAAACUGCAAUAAUUACACUUGCAGAUUAAAGGACCACUAUAGUGCCAGGACAACAUACUCGUUUUCCUGGCACUAUGGUACCCCCUCCCGCGGGGCUGGAUGGCGAGGAAAGGGGUUAAACUUUCCUUUAUUCCAGCGCCAGGUGUGGAGCUCUCCGCCUCCGAUCCUCUUCUUCGGCUGCAUGCGCGGCAAGAGCUGUGCGCGCAUUCAGCCGGUCUCAUAGGAAAGCAUUUACAAUGCUUUCAUAUGGACGUUUGCAUGUUCUCACUGUAAUUUUCUUAGUGAGAAGCACGCAAGCGCCUCUAGCGGCUGUCAAUGAGACAGCCACGAGAGGAUUUGGAGGCUGGAUUAACCCAUUUAUAAACAUAGCAGUUUCUCUGCUAUGUAUGUAUGUGUGUGUUAAUCCUAGAGGGACUUGGCACCCAGACCACUUCAUUAAGCUGAAGUGGUCUGGGUGCCUAGAGUGGUCCUUUAAGGGUGAUGGGAAUUUGCACCCAGACCACUCCAAUGGGCAGAAGUGGUAUGGGUGCCUGAAGUGAAACUGCGGGAAGUGCUUCUAGUGUAUGUCUGGGGGCACUUUUCCUGGCACCAUAGCUUCCCCUUCUGUCACUUACCUGGGUCCAGCGCCAAGGGAAUGCGCAGCAGUGACCAAUCUUGCAAUAGGAUUUCUCCAUAGGAAAGCAUUAUACUGUACAGUUCAAUGCUUUCCUAAUGGGGAUUUGGGUGACGCUGGAUGUCCUUUAUGCAAAGCACGAAGAUGCGUCAGGCGAAUAAAAUUUGCAUAACAUCUCAGAAGUCCUUCUAGUGGCUGUCUGGUAGACGACCACUAGAGGUGGAGUUAACCUGCAAAGGUAAUUAUUGCAGUUUUUAUAAACUGCAAUAAUUGCAUUUGCAGGUGUAAGAGACCUGGGACACUGCACCCAAACCACUUUAGCUCAUUGCCCUUAGUCCUGCAAUGUAACACUUUGCAGUUUUAGAGAAAUUGAAAUGUUUACAUUUCAGGACUAAGUCAGACAGCCACUAGAGAGGGGCUUCCUGCUUGCCAGGUGACUUUUGGUCGCCACAUACCAGAUGUCCUCGCGCUCUGCAUUAAGUCAAUGUUUAAUUUAGGGCUUUCCUAUGGGGAUGGCCUUGUGUGCACAUGCGCAUUAGGUACUCUUGUCGGAGGAGCCCAGCACCAGGGACAUCAGCAAUUUUUUAUUUGUAUUUUUUUUUUAAUUUUCUGGGGGAAUACAGGUUUGUAUUGCUAAAAUUAUAGUAUCCCUUUAAAUGGACACUGGUCUUGGUGCCUAUAGUGUCCCUUUAAAGGACCAUUAUAGUGCCCUGAGGAAGGGGUUAAAUUCUUACCUUUCUCCAGCGCAGGGGACUCUCCCUCUCUGUCUCAAUGUGCAUGCGUUGGAAGAGCCGUACGCGGAUUCAGUCAGUCCAUAGGAAAGCAUUCUCAAUGAGACUAGAGGCUGGAUUAACCCAUAGCAGUUACUCUGAAACUAUGUUUACAGCAGGCAGGGUUAAUCUUAGAUGGACCUGGCACCCAGACCACUUCAUUAAGCUGAAGUGGUCUGGGUGCCUAUAAUGGUCCUUUUAAGCUCCACAAAAGGCUGUAGUAUUUAUGGUGCAUUUGAAUGCUUUUAAUCAUCACCUGAUGUUCAUGCACAGUUUGAACUUUUGAAACUAGCUAAGACUUUGACAGUUGCGUAUGACAUUUGGUACUGUGGAAAGAGAAUUAAAAUUGUCCAACCAUUUGUGCAUAUUAAUGUUUGAAAACUGUUUAUUGCUUGGAGAAACUAUUCCAGUAGGACAUUGGCAUUAUUUUUGAGCAUGUGCAAAUCUAUUUUAUUUUCUUCACUAGCUGCAGGCAAAUCAACAUUUGUUCGCAUGUUAGAAAAAGCAAGCGAUGAAUGGGAAGUUGUCCCUGAACCUAUUGCAAAGUGGUGCAAUGUUCAAAGCACUGAAGAUGAGCAUGAGGUAAAAGCUUACAUAUAUUUUUUUUUUAAAUUUCAUUUAUAUAAAAACACUUUAUUCCUGACCCCAUUGUAUUACUAUACUAUUUAGCCCAGCCCCUCCCCUAAAUACAAUAAAAACUCACCUGGUUUCCAGCACUGCGCGGCUAUGCCUCCUUGGCUGACAUCUUCAGAAUUGACAACCCCAUAGGAAAGCAUUGGAUUGGCUGAGAUUGUUAAUUUUGAUGUCAGCAAUGGUGAGGGGUGGAACCAAACACCUCCCUGGCCAAUCAGCAUUUCAUAGAGAUGCAUUGAAUCAAUGUAUCGCUUUGAGGAACGUUCAGAAUGCGUGGGUCCAGGAAGCACCCAUGGGGGCCGUUUGGUAGACUGACUAGGAACAUUUCUAGUGGCAGUAAUGUAAACACUGCCUUUACAUUAAAAGGCCUGUGGGGACAUACUAUACAUACCAGAACAACUAAUAGUUACCAGAACAUGCUGUAGUUGUUCUGGUAACUAUUGUGUCCCUUGGAGAACUGCCACCUUAAAAAUAUUGAAGCGUAAUUGUUGUGGUAAGAGAAUUAUUGAUAUCUUUUAGUAUGGCUGGAUCCUUUAGCCAUAUGUUUGAAAACUGACUGUUAGUCUCUGUAGUCUUCUGAGCAUGGAAGACCAUAGAGACUAACCGUCCCUCCGCACCUCUCCCCCUAUAAAAAUUAAUAGUGUUUGUUUGGGUUUUUUUUGUUUGUUUUUUUACUGCUCUAUUACCAGCCCUCAAAUUCCCUCUCUGCUGCUUAUAUGUGACACACGUAUUCAGUCUUCCCCACCAAUAUGCCGUGACUGAGUUUCAGUGCGCUACCACACUGGAAAAAAGUUACUUGUUUGUAUUCCUAACAUUAUAUUGUUCCUUUUAAUAUUUUCAGCUGGUAAAUGGUUGGUGUAAGCCUGUUAAAUUGUUUUUCUCCCAUCAAGGAGUUGUCUACAUCUCAGAAAAGUGGAGGAAACCUCCUUCAGAUGCUCUAUGAUAAUCCUUCAAGAUGGGCUUAUACAUUUCAAACGUACGCUUGCCUUAGUAGAGUAAGGGCACAACUUAAGCCAAUAUCUCCUAAAUUACGUGAAGCUGAUCAUCCUGUGCAGUUUUUUGAAAGAUCUGUUUACAGUGACAGGUAGGCGCUGAAAUAUAGCUGUCUACUUGUUAUAUCUAUACCUCUCUAUGAAAAAGUUGUAAUUUUACAGCAGUAACAUGAUUCCCUCUUCAACACUUUUGUUAUCUACAAUGCAGGUCAAGAUGAGUAAAUUUUUAUAUCUAUGAACCGUGACUGUUUUGUCUAGGUAUGUGUUUGCAUCAAGCUUGUUUGAGUCUGGAAGUAUCAAUGAAACAGAAUGGGCUAUAUAUCAAGACUGGCAUGCAUGGCUUCUGAAUUCAUUUGAAGGUGAAAUAGAGCUGGAUGGCAUUAUCUACAUUAGAGCUACACCAGAUGUAAGCAUUAUUUCAUUGUUAACUAUUUUUAAAUGUUAUAUCAUUUGAGUACAGAGUACAAAAAUAUAUAUAAUUUUUUUUUUUUUUUAUUCCACAGAAAUGCAUGGACAGAUUACAUCUUCGUGGUAGAGAGGAAGAGCAAGGAAUAGAGCUAGACUACUUGGAAAGUUUACACUAUAAGCAUGAAAAAUGGCUUUAUGAUAGAACAAUGCAGUAAGUAGUAGUUUGCCUUAUCUACCAUGUAUCUUUAAGUGAACUUGUGUUGCUACCGGAAUCUAAUAUUGUUCUCAUUGAACAAUUCAGAAUAAUGUUGAUAAAUACAUAUAUUCUUUAAAAGGGGGAUUUUGUUAAAUUGAGAAAAAUCAGUUUGUAAAGUUGGGAAUAUGUAGGACUCAAUUUUCACACUUCUUUAGAGUGUAGUUACAUAGCUUAAAAGAGAUGUGUCCAUCAAGUUCAGCCUUCCUCACAUUUUUUUUUUAAUUUUUUUUUUUUUCUGUUGAUCCAAAAGAAGCCAAACAUUUCAGUCUUGUAGUAUUUUUCACGAUUAGUCUUUGCCCUGUGAAUGAUGUGGAAAACCUUUAUCAAAUAUGAUCUAAUGUUUAAACUGAAACAAAAAUCUCCUUUUUGGGAGAGUUUGUAUUACAGAAGAAGUGUUUGUGAUGAGAUAUGUGGAUUACCUUUUUAUUCCACAUGCAACUGAUACAGAAAAAGAAAUUGGUAUAUAAUUUACAUAUACCUCAAGUGGAGCACUAUAAGUGUUGAGGGAUUUUAAUCCCUCAACACAAAGUGCUCCACUUGAGGUAUAUGUAUAUGAGCUAAUGUUUGUUGAUAUAACCUAUCUUUCACUUUUUGUUAGUGUUGAUUUUGAGUCUCUCCACCAUACGCCAAUUCUGGUUCUGGAUGUAAAUGAAGACUUCAAAAAUGAUAAGAUAAGACAAGAAGCUUUACUGGACAAAGUAAGUUCUGUUACCCUUUUUAAAAAUGUAUCCAUUUGUAUUUUUUUUUUUUCUAUGCUGACCGUCUGUUAUUUCUCAACACUUUGAAUAUCCUACAGCCAGUGUAUAACCUCCACUGAGUGCUAUGGCUACCUCAUUAAAUUAUCAGGUUUGUUGGUCAGUAGGUUAAGUAUGUACUAGGAAUUACAAAAAUUGGAGGCAGACCGUGAGCACCCAUUUGCGCUGCCCCAGCAGCAGUGAUCGCUCUGACAGGCUGUCAGAGCGAGCACAUGUGCUGCAGGGACUCUCCAUCCGCCUCCCUGCUCUUCCGUGUUCUGUGUGAAGUGCAGGGAGAUGGAUCAGUGUUGAUCUGCUUCCCUAUAAAUAAAGUUAGUUUAAAAUCCCACCCUCUUUACCCAUUUGAAUUUUUUUUUUUUUUUAAUUAACCCCUUCCCUGCCAAUUGAUCACUGACUACAGUGUUCAAUUGGCAGGGACUACAUUUUACUGUGAUCUUAAUAUAUAAAUAUAUUAUCUCUUAGGGCAGGCUUCCCCAAACUCUGGCCCUCCAGAUGUUGCUGAACUACAACUCCCAUGAUUCUAUGAAUGCAAUAGAUGGGCUGAGAAUAAUGGGAGUUGUAGUUCAGCAACAUCUGGUGGGCCAGAGUUUGGGGAAGCCUGCCUUAGGGGUUCAAAUUAUUUUAAUUGCUUUUAAAUAUUUUAAAAUGAUAUAUUUUGCUAGCUGGGGUGCGUGGGAGUUAUGGGAAAUUGGGGGAUUUACGGUUAGUGCUGCUUACUGCUAAUUAGGGGUUAACGGUAAAAAACAAACAAAAAAAAACUUAUAAAAAUUUUAAAUCUAUGGGGGGGAGGGGAGUUUCAAGAACGUUUUUAAAAACUUAAAAAAAAAAAAAAUACAUUUAGAAAUGCUCAUUACCACUACACCUAGAACAAACUAGAGCAAAAAUGACCCCAUGCUAAGGUUCAAGAUACGCCUUUUGAAUUACCCCAGGGUGUAUUCUUUAAUAAAUAGUAUGUGUUUGUGGGGAAGUUUCAAUAACCAUACAUCUAAACUACUCCAAAAUGGAACAUGGACACAGCUUAAAACUUCAAAGUUAGAAAAAAGACUGGCUGGGUCUCAAAUGUGCCCCUUCAAUAUCCACAUAUUCCUGGCAAAGGUACAUACAGGGGUAUUGCUGUACUCAGAUGACAUAGCUGAGAAACAUAUGUAGUAUUACAUAGUCGUAGCACGCAUAAGGUUUGCAAAAUAUACUGUGCAAACUCACUUUGUGUGUCAAAAAGGCAGAAAAAAUGCUUAUUACCACUACAGUUGGUACAAGCUAGCGGAAAAAUGAUCCCACACUAAGGUUCAAAAUAUGCCUUUUGAAAUACCUUGGAAUGUCUUCUUUAAGAAAGGGUAUGCCUUUAUGGUGUAGUUGUAAUAUGUAGCCUGCUCAAGUGCUCCAAAUUGGGACACGGACACAUCAAAACCCUUCAUGAAAAUUCAGACUUAAAAACCUGAAAUUAUCACGUCUCUUUUACAGCACUGUAACUUCCCAAAAUAGUGUCUAGGUCAUACAUUGGGUAUAUUGUUUUACUCAGAAGAUGUAACUGAGUAUAAUUUGGGGAUUUUUAUGACAGUGGUACAUAUUACGUGGUAUAAAUACUCAGCAAAAAUGCAACAUAUAUGUAAAAAUGCCUUUUAUAAUUUUUUUUAUUUAAUUUUUUUCAUCACCACAAACAUUGACCUAAAUUGGUGCAAAAAUGGUGACAAGUUAAGGCAUAAUAUAUACCAUGUAAGAUACCUUGGGGUGUCUGCUUUAUCAAAUGAAAGCCCUUUGUGGGGUUAUUUGAACAGUUACACUGCUAUAAUACUCUAAAAUGAGACAUAGGCCCGUCAAAUCCAUCUACGAAAAUUCUAACUAUAGAAACUGAAAUAGCCAUGUCUCUUAUAUGGCACUGUAGCUUUACGAAAAAGUGCCAAAGGCAUACAACGGGGGUAUUGUUAUACUCGGCAGAUGUAGCUGAAAACAAUAUGGGGUUCUGGGCAGCAAUAGCACACACCAGCUUUAUGAAAUAAACAUUAUAAAAAACCUUGUGUAUAUGCCAAAAUAAAGAAAAAACACAAUUUUACUCCAAUAUUUAGCAAAGAUUGGCGAUGAAAUGGCUACGUAAAAAGUGUCAAACUAACCUUAGGUAAAUAGCAUGUGAUGUCUUCUUUAUAAAUAUAUACUUUUGUGUGGCAAUUUUUUGUUUUCUGUGAUGACUACUAAACCUACAAGACACACAUACCAGAUUCUAAAAUUGUUACAAAUUGUUUCACAUCAAAAUUUUAUUUUAGUCCUUGUAUUUUGUGACCUGUAGCUUUCAAAAUAAGCUGAAAUCCUAUACAUAUAAUGUACUCUAUAAAUCAAGACACAUAAAUGAAUUUAUUUUGAAUUCCUUUUUCUAAGCUGGACAUAUUAUGCACACGCUAUUAUUGCUAAAAUUGUGAAAAAAAACUUUUCUUUUAUUAAAUUAUUUUUUGCAUUUUUAAAUAAUGAGAAUUUAUGUGUGAUCAAAUUAAAGCCCUGUUUGCCCUCUAAAAAAAAACUGUAUAAUGUGUUGGUGCAAUAAAUGACAGAGAUGCAAAUUGCGUUUGAAUACAAACCGCAAAAAAAAUAUGCAAAAAUGGCUUGUCCUUAAGCGUAAGACAAGCUUCUGAAGUGGUGUCCUUAAAGGUACACUAGUCACCUACACAACUUUGGCUUAUUGAAGCAGUUUUAGUGUAUAUAUCAUGCUUCUCAGGUUUCACUGCUCUAUUCAAUGCCUUUUAGGAGUUAAAUCACUUUUGUUUCUGUUUAUGCAGCCCUUGUCACACCCACCUGACUGACAGCCUGCAUGGGGGAACUGGUUUCACUUUCAGAUGUAAUUUAACUUAAACAAUUGUAUCUUUUUCUCUGUAAAUUGAACUUUAAUCACAUACAGGAGGCUCUUGCAGGGUCUAGCAAGCUAUUAACAUAGCAGGGGAAAAGGAAAUAUAAAUUAAACAACUUGCAAUUAAGGAAGGCAAAACUUUUAGAUUCUUUACAGGAAGUGUUUAGGAAGGCUGUGCAAGUCACAUGCAGGGAGGUGUGACUAGGGUUCAUAAACAAAGGGAUUUAACUCCUAAAUGGCAGAGGAUUGAGCAGUGAGACUGCAGGGACAUGAUCUAUACACCAAAAGUGCUUCAUUAAGCUAAAGUUAUUUUGGUGACUAUAGUGUCCCUUUAAGGGCAUAAAUAACUGGGGUGUGUGUUUGUGUUUUUUUUCUUUAAUUUUUUUUUAUUUUUUCUUUAUAUCUCUCCUUUUUUAAUCUGCAUUGGAUUAAAAUUGGUAGCUGGCUCUGAGCAUGGUGAAGGUCUUAAAGUAGAUUGCCAUUAGUGGGAGUGUGGGCACAAAUGUUGGAGUCUCCACAUGCAUAAAAAAGUUAAAGCAAGAAAACUGUAUUAAAGGGGUGCUGUAGAUAUUGGCAAUGCCAUACAUUUUAGCAAACUGUAUAUAACUGUACAGUUUGUAAAUAUUUGUAUUUGUUUAUAAUUUCUAAAUAAACCCAUUAAAGUUACUUCUCUGCAAAUUAUACAAUUGAACAAAACUUAGAAUAUCGUUUUGUGUAUGUAUUUACACUCACUCACUGGAAAUAAGAACAGAAGCAUGGUUUCCUUUUCUUCUCCUCUUCUAUGUUGCCUUGCGGAAUAGGACAACAUUUGUGAAUGAUAGACAGCAAGGGAUGACUAUUCAAAAUAAAUAACCUACCUGGAAUCUUGGACAUUGACAGUAUUCACUAAACUCAGAAUUUUCACAAAUUUAAAUCCAAAUGGAAAAACUAAAAGGUGAUAUGGAAAACUCCUAUAGACACAACUUUCUGCUGUGGUAUUUCCAUUCAGAUCUAAUUUGUGAAAAUGUAGUUUACUGAAUGACCCCAAUUGUCUUCCCUUCUGUCUCCCCAACAUAGUCUCUUCCACUGCACCCUUCCCCACCACCAAUGGGGUGUGGUUUAUUAAUUCUGUGUUUUGUGCCCUUCCUGUUGUGAUUCUUGUUCUCUGAUGGCCAAUUGGUGGUUAAUGUCACGGUUUGUCAGGGGAGCAUGUGGUCUGCAAUUCCAGCAAGUUCAUACCAGUAUAAAGACUCUCUCUCAGUCCGGCACUCAUGAUGUCACAGAGCAGCAUCUCUGUUUCUUGGCAGCUGCAUUAGGACUCGUGAGGGAGCAAUUACUGUGGUCUGCACCCACCAGAGAUACAGACCACUUGUUCUCUAUAGCAGCCCUGCGGCUUCUCCGCCGCGGGAAUAAAGGCAGAAUAAAAAAAUGCCUUCCUGUCCAGUGUUCAGAAGUACAUGUCCCGGGCUGGCAUCAGGUGAAACAAAUUGCCCAUUCGAGUGGAUACCACAAAGGAGAACAUGCCCUUUGUUAAAAACUUAUGUAUAUCUAUUUUUCAGAGACUAGAUUUAUUAUUUUUACUAUUGUAGAUGUAUAAUGUAUUUUUUUUUUUUUUUCUUACAGGUUAAAGAGUUUUUGAUUUCACUGUGAGAAGUCUAUACUACCAAAUUUUAAAGUUUUUGUUUUAUUUUUUAGUAAUGCUUUACUUUAAACCCAAGUUUUUAUUAAUCCAAUAUUACUGCCUAUUUAUUAUGCAGAAAUAGGAGUCCGUGAACUCAUGAUUCUUCCAAUAGACUAACAAAUUUAAAUAAAAUCAUGUUUGGUAUUUUAUAACAUUGAUAGAUAUGUGUGUGUAUAUAAUAUAUAUUUUUAUGUUUUCUUACGAAAAGCACAGUAAUAAUCUGAUCUUGGUGAGACUCCUAAAUAAAUACACGCAAGAUAAAACAAUGAAAUAAGUAGUAGUUUGCAUUACCUACCUUGUAUCUUCAUAACUGAUAUGAUUUUUUUUUUUUUAAAUUUUCUUUUACAAUGAUGCAAAUAUAUCUGUCUUUGAAAGCAAAUUUGUGAGGAUUUUGCAGCCUUGAGAUAUCAAGUUCAGUGAUUUAUAAAGGAACGUUAUGUUGAAGCACAGCAUGACCUCUUAUAGAUCUCGCACUUAUAAUUGUUAUUGACUUGCAUGUUUGUUUUUUUUUUUUUUGUUUUUUUUUGUUUUUUUUAAAUCUGUGUGUAUAUAAUCUUUAUCCUUCUAUAAAUAUGCUUGUACACAAUAAGCAAACUUAUGUUCAUGUUAAAAUGUUUCUGAAAAUAUGUCCACAUGCAAAAUAUUGUAAUUUUAUUUAUAAACAAAUGGUGAAAAAUAUAUUUUAGUGUGUUGUGUGUAAUUUUUUUUUCCAUGUUCCUCCCACUUCACGAUAUACCAGUUUACACAUUUGUCCGUUCAACAGUCUAUUCAAACUCGCGUACGAACGCUAAACUCACGAACCUCCCCUCACCAUGUUAAACUAGAAGUGCUCUCUGUUUGGGGGUUACUGUGCAAACACCAUGCAAGGGCUUGUCUUAAUUGCAGGGUAUGAAUGCUCCCCCUGUUCGGUAAUUCCCAUCUCCCGAACAUCAUUCGCAUAGUUGGUUGGGAAG